AUGCCAAUUGAUAUUUACACGAAUACAGAUUAUCCUUUAACGUCUGAAUACUGGAUAGAUGCGAAGAGCCAGGGUCUGAGCUCUCGCCUACUUGUGUUUAUUCCUGGCAACCCUGGUCUAAUUGACUAUUAUGUGACUUACAUGAACAUAAUCAGUGAAAAGUAUCCCGGAUAUGAUGUCCUAGUUGUUGGCCAUGCGGGAUAUCAAACUUCAGGUGACUACCUCGUCGCUGCAAAGGGCCUACAUCCAGACUUCUAUGACCUAGACUAUCAGAUUGAUCACAAGGUUAAGAUCUUGAAGAAACGCAUUCUCGAUGGACAUGAUCAAUUGAGUUUCAUGUGUCAUUCUGUAGGGAGUUUCAUUACUCAAAGGGUGAUCAAAAAGCUCUUGGAGGAUAAGGAGUUGGAGGGUAAGGUAAGAAUUGAGUUUGUGGGUUUCAUUUGCCCUACAAUUGUUGAUAUUGCGAAGUCUGACUCUGGAGUCUUGUUUACAAAACUUUUCAACAAUCUUCCCGUGGUCACCUUAGCAGUAUGGUUCGUUUGCUUUCUCCAAUUCUUGCUCACAGAUUCUUUGGCGAGAUCCAUCAUCAAGAAAUACGCAAUUGAUUCACCCUGUCUGAAUGACAAACGCCUGAUAGAAGCUCAUGAGAAUGCAGUUGACGCCACAUUCAAGAUCUACAAAUCACCUAGAAUCGUGCGUCAGGCACUUUCUUUGGCCAGAGAAGAGCUUAACGUCAUUCACAGGGACGACCAAUUGAACGAUUGGUUUUUUGAGACACUUCCACGAAAUUUCGAUGUAAAAAUCUGGUGUUUUUUUGCAUUCAACGACUAUUGGGUCCACGACAAUACUCGGGAUUACAUUCUCGGAAGGUAUCACAACCUGGAAAAUGAGUCUGUGAAGUUUCAGGUUGGUGACGACGACAAAAAGGAUUUCAAGUCUAUAGGUCAUAGCUUCUGCGUUGAUCAGACUGUAGAAUUUGCCAAAGUCACGAUUGCAGCGCUAGAGGAGAUGAAAUUCGGCAAAUGA